GUCAUAGAAUUAAUCAACUGGGCCAAGAUCUAGAUCUACUGAUUGUUUUUAAUCUGGAUUCCCUCCCAAGCACUGUUGUUAGAGAGAGGAAAGGACGAAAGAGAACACUUGUCAGAAACAGAAAGUGAUUUCAUUGGCGAGUAUAUAUUCUAAUUCGAUCUGAAAUGUCGGUUGAAGUGGAAGAAACCUUGAAGCGUCUCGGCAGCCACACAGGAGUGGUGGGCAUCAUUGUUGUGAACAGCGAAGGAAUCCCGAUCAAGUCAACGCUGGACAAUGCGACAACUGUGCACUACGCCAGCCAUCUCCACAACUUGACAGCUAAGGCCCGCUGUACUUUGCGGGAGAUAGACCCCAUGAACGAACUCAAACUUCUCAGGGUCAGGUCUCACGACAACGAGAUUGUGUGUGCUUUGGAGAGGGAGUUUUUACUCAUCGUUAUUCAGAGAGACCAUAGAUAUUGAGCUCUCAUUUCAUGAACAAUGAUUAUGUCAUUUAGAUAACGUCAUUUUAAAAACUUUUAGAAAUACAAAGUCUUAGAACUACAGUCUUGGGUGGUUGGAGGGCGCCACUGGUAG